AUGGCAGUCAGCACCCUGAACAUGGCACCGUAUUUCACUGGAUAUCCUUUUCAAGGACAAGGUCGUGUGAAUCAACUCGGAGGUGUCUUCAUUAACGGGCGCCCACUGCCGAAUCACAUUCGCUUGAAGAUAGUAGAAAUGGCGGCUGCCGGCGUCAGGCCGUGUGUAAUCUCGAGGCAAUUAAGGGUUUCGCAUGGCUGCGUGUCGAAAAUCUUGAAUCGAUAUCAGGAAACGGGAUCGAUAAGGCCAGGCGUGAUCGGCGGUAGCAAACCACGAGUCGCCACACCGGAAGUCGAGGCGAGGAUCGAGGAUAUGAAAAGACAGAACCCUGGUAUAUUCAGCUGGGAAAUUCGAGAGAAACUGAUAAAGCAGGAUGGUAUCUGUGACAAAGCAUCAGCACCAUCAGUUUCCAGUAUUUCAAGGCUGCUUCGUGGUCCUACGAACCAGACACGUCCCGGUGACGAUCCUCGAAGAAAUCAUUCCAUCGAUGGAAUACUUGGUGGAAGCAGUGGUGAUGAUUCAGACACAGAGAGUGAACCGGGCAUUGCUUUGAAGAGAAAACAACGUAGAAGUAGAACUACAUUUACUGGUGAACAGCUUGAACAACUCGAAGCAGCUUUUCAUCGAACACAGUACCCUGACGUAUAUACCAGAGAAGAAUUGGCUCAAAAAACAAAUCUGACGGAAGCCCGGGUGCAAGUAUGGUUCAGCAACAGACGAGCCAGACUUCGCAAGCAAUUGAACAGCCAACAGUUGAACGCUUUCAACACAAUGAGCUUGCAGUCCUUUCAAACACAGCACUACGGUAGCAGCGCUGAAAGUUAUCAGAGCUACGGCCAAGCCUCUGUUGCUGCAGCGGCGGCGACCACGGCUGGUUAUCCCCAGCACUACAACUAUAGCGAGAAUUACUAUGCUGCCCAGCAACAAUGGCCAAGACCAACCGCAGAGAAUUAUGGAUUGUUCAACGCCUCUCACUACGGUAGCAGCAACCUAGCCUCAAACCUAACCUCGAGCAACCUGAACCUGGGCAGCCUGAGCGGCAGCGUCAGCCCCACGGCGUCCAACAUGAGCGCGUGCAUGGUCCAAGGCGCGUCCUCAGGGGUGCCAACUCCGGCGGGCAUAAACCACCACGUGACUCCGCACAGCCCCAGCGAGGCGAAGAGUGGCUACCCUUACCUGGGCGGCAUAGAGUCGCAGGUCUGCGGCAGAGUUCACUGA